CUGCAUUUGAACAGGUGGCUCACACACUGGCAGUGAUAAUGAUAAGAUUUUAACAAGACUCCAUGGAACUGUCAAAAUUUUCCUCGUCAGUUGUGUACCGAUUGACCUUGAGGAUGGCUUGUAUUGGUUCCUUAUUCAUAUUUUUCAAGAUUCUCUCAGGGUACUUCAUUUAUUCUAGUGAAGCUGUUAACCCAUCAUUGCCUUUAGUUAUCAACACUUGGCACUUCACAAACGCAACAGCUCGAGCAUGGGCACUUUUGAGCGAGGAAGGAGGCAGUGUUCUGGACGCAGUGGAGCAAGGAUGCGCAGUAUGUGAGCGAGAGCAAUGCGACUUCACCGUGGGCUAUGGCGGCAGCCCGGACGAAAAUGGGGAAACUACGCUUGACGCUCUCAUUAUGGAUGGAGCUACCCACGACGUGGGGGCGGUUGCAGCUCUACGACAAGUGAAGGACGCUAUAUCAGUGGCCAGACACGUUCUUCAGUAUACUGAACACACGCUGCUUGUGGGCAGUCAAGCGACUGAGUUCGCUGUCUCCAUGGGCUUUAAACUGGAAAAUUUGACUACGCCCAAGUCACAGGAGAUGCACAGGUCCUGGAAAGAGCAAAACUGCCAGCCUAAUUUCUGGAAGAAUGUUGUCCCUGAUCCCAGCACUUCUUGUGGGCCGUACGCGCCUGUUUCGUCAAUGGCAAGCGGCUGGACUAAUGACCAACGAGCUUCUUUUGAUCGUUAUAAUCACGACACCAUAGGCAUGAUAGCCAUUGAUAAAGACGGCAAAAUUUCAUGUGGAACAUCCACAAACGGGGCUCGGAAUAAGAUUCCUGGACGAGUCGGAGAUUCGCCAAUUCCAGGCAGCGGUUGUUACGUCGAUAGGAACGUAGGAGGCGCCGCAGCCACCGGGGAUGGUGAUGUUAUGAUGAGACUCCUGCCUGCUCUGAUAUCCGUUGAGAAGAUGCGUGAUGGAUAUUCACCAGAAGAAGCUUCAAGAAUGUCCCUUCAAAGAAUCAUUGAUUACUAUCCCAAUUUCGAAGGUGCCAUAGUAUCCGCCUCUUUGGACGGGCGGCAUGGAGGAGCUUGUAAUGGCUUCACAACUUUCCAGUACAGUUUGGCGGACUCAGAAAAUGGAGUCACAACGGUUGAUGUUUCUUGCUCAUGAAUGAUUUACUAUUUAUAUAGUUAGUGCGUGAUGACUAUUUUACUAUUCAUGCUCGUUAUGUAAUAAAUAAAUAGAAUUUAAUGACGUUAGAAGUCGAGUUUACAUACGACUAUUUCUCCUUUUACUACAAUUAAUUUCUUCACCACCGCGAUGUUUUAUGAAUAUAGUAAUUUUAUUAUUAGGGGUUUGACACCGUGUUAUUUACAGGUUUCAUUUCAAAUUAAAUGCAUCAGUUGAGUUAUAUCAGUUUCUUCAACCCUGUCAAACUAACGUGUGAUAAAAAUUUAAAA